CGCGCCCACGAAGUUCACUGGUGUGACAAGGAAGACUCCGAAAGAGCAAGCUGCGGGUGUGUUGAGCAGAAGGAAGAUCGCGAGCGACGAGAACUGAUCCAUCAUCGCUCCUGUCGCCAUUUUGAAGUAGAUAUUUACCUCUUGACAGCCGACGCCAUGACAAGUACAGAAACUACCGCAGAAAACGCUACUAUCGAGACCACGACAAAUACUGCCCCAUCGGAUAACGCUGAUAAUACCGAAACUAAGGGCGAAAAUACCAGCAAGACUACGACACAAACCAGAAAACAAACACCCGUGCACAAAACCGACUUUGAGAAGGAUGUCGUUUACUUGUAUCAGUUCGUACGGUGUCCAGUUGUUCCUUCUGUUUCACCGUUCUGCCUGAAAGUUGAGACGUGGUUACGAAUGACAGGAUUGAAGUACGAGAAUGUGGACCACCGUCUAAAAUACAAGUCCAAAAAGGGACAGCUUCCUUUUGUGGAACUAAACGGUACCGAAAUAGCAGAUUCUGACAUCAUCAUCGGCGAACUAACUAAGAAGUUUGAGAAAGAUCUGGAUGCAGAUCUUAGUGUAGACCAGAAGAACAUCAGUCAUGCUUUCAACUCGAUGCUCAACAACCACACCUCCUGGGUGAUGCGUUGGUGGCGUUACACUCAUCCCAGUCAGUUUCUAAAGACUGCUCAACUGGAUGUGAAGCAAGUUUUAAAUUCAAAACUACCAAAAGGCGUUUUACAGUUUUUCUUCAAAAUGGGCUUCAAAAGCAACGUUAAAAAGACCAUUGGUCACGGUCUUGGACGUCACAGUAACGAAGAAAUUUUGCAGUUCGGGAAAAAUGACUUGAAGGCACUCUCAGAAUAUCUUCAGGAGAAACCCUUCUUCUUCGGGGAUGAACCCCAUCUUUUGGACUGUGUGGCCUUUGCUCAUUUGUGCCAAUUCUACUACGUUCCUUUUGGGGACAUGAAAGAAUAUAUGGAUACUGAGUGCACCAACCUGGUUAACUUCUUGGAAAGGAUGAAAGAACGCUACUGGCAAGACUGGGAAGAGAUGACAAAGACACUUGGGCUCAAUACUCAUCUUCCGAAAAAAGAGCAGAAAGAAGAAGUCAAGGAAGAAGAGAAGGAGAAAGAGAAUAAAGAAACUGAAGUUCCAGCUGAAGAGAUAGACAAAGAUGAAAAAAAAGAUGUUGAUGAGAAGAAAGAAGAAAAGAACAAUGACGAGGGAACCGAGGAGAAAACUAAAGAAGAAAGUGAGAAAAAGGAAUGAGGAACACAUAAUUAGUUGUUUGUGAUCCGAACUGACCAAAUAUCUACUCAUUUUGAUUUUGUGGUCAUAAGUAUAGACAUGGUGUACCAGCUCACUUUGAUAUGGAUGUUGUAUUUCAUGUUGCUCGUGGCUAACCCCCAGGCCACUCUGUGGGGGAUAAAUGAUAGCUAUAUUCUGAAUUACACGUUUUUCAUUCCAAACGUCAAGUCAGUAUUUCCCCCUUGCAUGUUCAGAAAUCAUUAUUUUUUAUUUGAAUUUAUAAGUCAACUUUUGUGUAGCUGUAGUUAUGCUUGAUGUACAGUUCUAUAGUCUUACCUGGCAGCUGUUUGCUCAAUGUGCUUAUCACCCAUAACUGUCUUACUGUGCUUCUCAUAUUUCACUUACACGGGACAUUAAGAUAAAAGCCCUAAUCGCACACUAGUUUUUUUACAGAAUUUUCUAUGUAUUUACUGAAGUAAAGUUACAAAGACAAAUCUUACACACUUAUAUAAAAAAAAAUCUUUUUUAACAAUGCAUUUUAAGUCUUCGCUAAGACUACUGUUAAAGUUGUGAAUAAUACAAUAUUUCCACGUGUCAGUGUGUUGAACAGCUAAGUAAAGGUGAACAUUGACAUAUUUUUAGCAUCAGGUCUACACUUAAAUGUAACAUUUUAUGUGCAAGUAAUUCUUUUUUAUGACUUUCGUAACUUUUUAUGCUGUAUUGUGUAGUUGUUUGUAAACCAUGUAUUGUCUGCUGUCUGUGUGUAUAAAAGUUUCUCAUUAAAAAAAAAAGUUUGUAACCACUGGCAUUGUGAUUAAAUUGUUGAUUGUAA